UCCUGUCAGCCCACCAGAGACCCUGGCUCGGGUCCACCUGAGAAGAGAUUGAGAUUUUCUCUUGGAAGCAGUUUCACCAGACAGAUGCCAAGGGAGAGUGAGUCACAAGCACAUGAGUUGUAAGAGGCUGGAUUCAAGAGAACACAUCAGGCAAUGCUGCUUAAUACCAUCACAUGAUCUGCCCUGAGGCCUGGAGUUUCAUUAAAAUAGAGAGGGGCACAACAGAGCCCGGGAGACUGCUGUUGCUCUCUGAGGAUCAGACAGGAGAUUGAAGCCCUGAUCAGCCUAGGCUCGUGAGAACUCAGCAUGGAAAGUCUCCACUGGAUCCUGGGAUUUCUGCUGCUGGCUACAAGACUGCCCCUUGAUUCGGCCAAACGGUUUUAUGAUGUGCUGGGCAAUGAAAGGCACCGUGGUUAUAUGCGGGAGCACAACCAGUUACAUGGCUGGUCUUCUGAUGAAAAUGACUGGGAUGAAAAGCUCUAUCCAGUGUGGAAGAGAGGAGAUGCAAGAUGGAAAAGCUCCUGGAAAGGAGGCCAAGUGCAAGCAAUCCUGACCAGCAAUUCCCCAGCACUGGUGGGCUCAGACAUCACAUUUGCAGUGAACCUCGCGUUCCCCAGAUGCCAAAAGGAAGAUGCCAAUGGCAACAUAGUCUAUGAGAAGAACUGCAGAAACGACUCUAGUUUGUCUUCGGACCUGUACGUUUACAACUGGACAGCAGCCUGGUCAGAGGACAGCUGCUGGGGCCCUGGCCCGGGCGGGCACCACGUGUUCCCCGACGGCAAGCCGUUCCCCCGCCCCCGCGGGUGGAGGAAGUGGAAUUUCGUCUACGUCUUUCACACGCUCGGUCAGUAUUUCCAGAAGCUGGGAAGAUGUUCGGUGAGAAUUUCUAUGAACACAGCCAACUUGACGCUUGGCCCUCAGGUCAUGGAGGUGACUGUCUACAGAAGACACGGCUGGGCGUACAUUCCCAUCGCACAAGUCAGAGAUGUGUACGUGGUAACAGAUCAUAUUCCUGUAUUUGUGACCAUGUCUCAAAAGAAUGAUCGAAAUGUGUCCGAUGAAACCUUCCUCAGAGACCUCCCCAUUAUAUUUGAUGCCCUGAUUCAUGAUCCCAGCCACUUCCUCAAUGAGUCUUCCAUUUACUUCAAGUGGAACUUUGGGGACAACACUGGCCUGUUUGUUUCCAGCAAUCAUACUUUGAAUCACACCUACGUGCUCAAUGGAACCUUCAACCUUAACCUCACUGUGCAAGGCUCAGUGCCUGGACCGUGUCCAUCACCUUCCACACUUCCAAAACCUAUCCCUUCUUCAGUACCUGCUGGUGACAACCCUCUGGAGCUGAGCAAGAUUGCUGAUGAAAACUGCCAGAUUAACAGAUACGGUUACUUUAAAGCCACCCUUACGAUUGUAGGUAAGGCUGAAGACCAAUGAAGAGGGAAUCAGCUGGGAUCACCCAUUCCCUUGCUAACUCUAGGAGGGUAGAGGUACGGAAAGGGACGCCUCACUUCCUGUCCAACAUAUUGCCACAUGCAUAAGGAAAGGCUUUUCCAGUUCCCAAGUCUCUGGCUGCUCACCCUCCUUCCUCACACAUGCUGGUGGAGAGUAGCCCUCUUUGAGGCCCACAUGCACAUGGCCCUGGAUCCUUCCUGAGCAUCCAGCAUUUGGGAUAUAUAGAGGAUGGAGGAAGGCCAGGAUGGAAUUCCACGUUUCCCUUAGCUAAUUUUCACAAAGUCACUGUUCUUGUUUGUAAAUCGGAAUGAACAAGCUACUACACAUGGCUGUGCAUUGUGGACACUGCCUCAAAGUGUCAAACAGCAGAACAGACACCUGGGAACCAGAGCCCAGCCUGUGUACCCUGGGCCCAGUGACAUCUGCCUGAAAGAAGCUGGCCACUGGCUGACCAGAAACAUCUGCCCUAAGGGGCUGCUGCUUUCUAACGCACACCCAGGCUCUAGCACCAAGAAUCUAGGUUGGACCAAAGGACAGUUCAGUGUGGCUUUGAAAAUGUGAUCUGCGGGCCGGGGAUUUAGCUCAGUGGUUCUGCCACCUACCUCCCAAGCGUAAGGUCCC